AUAUGACCUGGGUUGCUCUUUCAACUCAGAACUUAGAGCAUUGGAGUGAGAGAGGGUGGUUUUAUACUAUGGAAGUGGCAAUUCUUCUUCACAUGAAUGGAGGCAGAGGGAAGAAGAGCUACGCAGAAAAUUCAUCGCUUCAGAAACAUGGAUUGGAGGUGGUUAAGCCCAUAACUGAAGAGGCAGUGAGAACGAUGCUCUCUGCCGAUUUCACUGACAGCUUCGGGAUCGUCGACCUCGGCUGCUCUUCAGGCCCCAACACUUUCUUUGCUUUAAGCACCAUAAUCCGAGCUGUUUGUGUGAGAUAUCAGGAAAACUCGAGGCCAAUGCCCGAGUUUCGGGUGUACCUUAAUGACCUGCCGGGGAAUGACUUCAACUCCAUUUUCAGAGCGCUGCCUUCGUUCUAUGAGUUGAUGAGAGAGAAUGAUGGGGUUCCGGGGUCGUGUUUCGUGGCUGGUGUUCCUAUCUCUUUUUAUGCCAGAAUUUUUCCGGCAAAUAGUCUGCACUUUGUUCAUUCGUCUUACAGUUUCAAUUGGCGCUCAAAAGUUCCUUCUGGGCUAUACGAUGAGGAUGGAAAGCCCCUUAACAAGGGUAACAUCUACAUAACUGAAGCCAGCCCACCAAAGGUGGCACGAUCCUAUCUUCAACAAUUCCAAAAGGAUUUCUCAUCAUUUCUAAGGUUUCGUUCCCAAGAGGUGGUAAGAGGGGGCUGUAUGGUGUUAAUAUUCUUUGGUCGAAGCUCAACACAAGAAGCUGAUGAGGAGUUUUUCUUUCUAUGGAGGGUUUUAAGCCAAGCCUUAGGAAAUUUGGUCUCUAAGGGACUAGUUGAAGAGGAGGAGUUGGAUUCAUUUCAUUUUCCCUUCUAUAAUCCAUCUGUACAAGAAGUUGAAGAAGAGGUGAAGAGAGAAGGAUCAUUCACAAUUGAGCGUUUCGAGCAACUACCCAUAGCACCUUGGGGUGCUAACAAGAAUGGGAAAGACUUAGCAUUGAUCCUACGAGCUGUGGUGGAGCCCUUGGUCAAAUAUCACUUUGGAGAGGAUCUCAUGGACAUGUUAUUUGAAGAAUAUGCUCAACUUCUUCAGUUUGAAAUAAAUGAAGGAAGGAAGAAACUGAUUCAUUUUGUUCUUGUCUUGAAUUCAAAGUGAAGCACUUUGAUGCUCCAAUCAACAAACCAUCCCUUAUGGUAAUCAUGUCUAUGUGUGAAAGCUUUGUCGGUAAUUGAUGUAUUGAUAUUGGGAUGCCUAUUUGUUUGCAUCAUGAUCUGUAGCUUACUUAUUAGUGGUUUCUUGCUCUAUUUGUGGGCAGUUUGAGUUAGAAGCUAUGUACACCUCGAUCCUGUAGUGUGGUUGCAAUAGAAGUGUUUCUUAGGAUUGCUUAUAACUUGUACUUUAUUUUAGAAAAAUUUACGUCCUUACCAUAAAUAAAAUAGGGAUUUGUGUGGA